AUGACGAACGCAAGCAUCUUCGUCGACAAGGAGGACAAAAGAGUGGCGCCUGCCAUCGCCGCCCUUCGCGCUGGCGAUGUCGAUGCUCUCACAGCCUGCCUCACUGCGGAUCCAGCGCUCGCAUCCGUUCAUGUCGGCUCCCCAACUGAGGCCCGUACCCUUCUUCACAUCCUUGCCGACUGGCCAGGGUAUCUACCCCAAGCACCCGACACGGCUCGGGCGCUCAUCGCAGCCGGUGCAGACGUGAACGCACCCUUCAUCGGCGAUGCCCAUUCCGAGACCCCCCUUCAUUGGGCCGCGAGCAACGACGACGUGGCGCUCCUCGAUACAUUGCUGGACGCUGGAGCGGACAUCGAUGCUCCGGGCGGCGUCAUUGCCGAGACGCCUCUGGCGGAUGCGCGGGCGUUCAUGCAGCUCAAGACGGCGCACAGGCUUGUCGAGCGCGGCGCCCGGGUCACGCUGCAGGACGCCGCAACUCUGGGCUUGCAGGACCGUGUGGAGGAAGCGGUCCCGGGGUCGCCGGCGGGCCGACCGUCACAAGAGGACAUCAACUGCGCGCUAUGGAACGCGUGCCACGGAGGUCAGCUCAAGACGGCCCAGUACCUCCAUUCACACGGAGGGGCAGAAGCGGUCAACUUUGUCCCGCCUUGGGAGAAACUCACGCCCCUUGACGCAGCGCGACGGACCGGUGCAGCUGAUGUGACAUUCUGGCUGGAAAGCCUCGGAGCUCAAGCCCUGGAGUCGUUGGUAGCCCAUUCGGAUUGA